AUGCAGCGUCGAGGCAGUGUCGGUACCUUGGAUUUUGGAAGACUAAGCCGGUCAUCAAGGUACAUGACAAAUUUUAGCUCUCGACAGCUGCCAGUGAGACGCAUCCGACAGCAAGGAAGCGAUGGCUUGUUGAGCGCUCGACGAUAUGAGAGUUCCAGUCCCUAUGCUGGGGCCAGACAAUCGCUGAAGAAUCAGGAAACAAUUGCCCGGCAUAUGGCACCGCAAGCAACCACCAGAAGUAUAGACUUUAAAGCCACGUCGCGAAUUACGCAGGUUGAUAUGUGCUCUAUGGCAACCACUUUCCAGCUCUCCGGCAUUCAUCCGUCGGCGGGGCCAGUUUUCUCCGAACUUCUCCUGGUUGGUUCCGGAUUGUCAGGUACCUACAGUCAAUCUUAA